AGCUGACGCAGGCGGAAGGAGAGACGAGCGGACCGAGCUAGCAUCCAACAUGACAAUCCCGUGACGCACCUGCAGACGCACCGCCGCUAACCCAACUGAACACACACACACACACACACACACAUACAUACGCACACGCGCACACACACUUGGAUUAAUACCCCCCCGAGUCUCCGUGCGCUCCGAGUUCUCCGGCAUCGAACAACCGGAUCUGUGUGUGUGUGUGUGGAAGGGGGAGAAACAUCAGGAAAAAGGGGGAGGAGUUUUAUUUCACAGACAAGCUGGCAUCAACGGAAGAGCUGCUUUUUCUUAACGUGUCCCCGAGAGGGAGCCGGAUCAGGAGGAGCAGCCUGAAGACAACAUGCCCCCCAAGUUCAAACGGCACCUCAAUGACGACGAGGUCACGGGAUCCAUUCGCAGCGAGAGGAGGAACCUGCUGGAGGAGGACUCUGACGAGGAGGAAGACUUCUUUCUGCGAGGACCCACGGGGCCCAGAUUUGGACCUCAGAAUGAACAACUUCAAGCAGGUGCAGUCGCAGGUCGACGAGGUGAUCGACGUGAUGCAGGAGAACAUCUCCAAGGUGAUCGAGAGGGGCGAGCGGCUCGACGACCUGCAGGACAAGUCGGAGAGCCUAUCGGACAACGCGUCGGCCUUCAGUAGCCGAGCAAAACAGCUGCACAGGAGGAUGUGGUGGAGGGACACGAAGAUGAAGAUGAUUAUCGCCUCGGUAGUUGUCGCCCUCCUGCUCAUCAUCAUCAUUCCAGUGAUCCUACGAUAUCGCUAGUGUCCGAAGAGGAGAACUUUCCUCUUCCUCUUCCUCUCCUCUCUCUCUCUCUCUCUCUCCGUCUUUCUCUCUCUUCUUUGCACACAGUUCUCCACUCCAGCUAGGGGGGCGCCAGCCAGCUCUCCUCUCCCCCCCCCUCAUCCUCCAUGGGAUCUGGCCUCCACUUGCCCCUUCAGUGCAGAUCUUAUCAUUUAUAUUUCCACAUAAACUGUGAGAGUAGAACUAUAAGUCCCGAGGGGCUCGCGGGUUUGAUCCCCCGGUUUUGAAAGUAAGCUCCGGAGACGUCGUGGAGAUAUGUGAACUCUCAGCCCCCCCCCCCCCCCCCCCCCCCCCCCUCGUCAAAGUGAAGUUAAGUGCGCACGUGCCACAUAACGCGUCACGUGCGCGUCUUUUCGCCUUGACGACAGGGACACGCUUCCAUAUCACGUUGCAUAGUAGUUCACUGUAAAGGGUGUGUGUGUGUGUGUGUGUGUGUGUGUGUGUGUGUGUGUGUGUGUGUGUGUGUGUGUG